AUGGCCGGAUAUUGCGCACAACACGCGGGGAAUUGCUCUGGCUCGCCUGCCCGUUCCGCUCCUCGCGCACAGCAGCAGAUACCGCGCGCUGCAGGUCAGCCAUCGUCACCGGCGGAUCAUACCCCCAGCCGCCACCCCGCUGACGCGGCCCCCACCAGCCGCCUCGGCCACCGCGUUGCGCUGCCCAGUUCGCCUGGGAACCGCGGCGACGCGGGGAAUUAUGGCGGCGCCGGGACGUCUCGCGCUCGUCCUGCCGCGCGGGGGAUUGGGGCCGCUGCUGACGACGGCCAGGAGACUGCGGACGCUGAGCGGACGGCACAGAGGGAUUUGCCACCGGCGGCGCAACGGGAACGGCCACGGGCGGCGCAGACGGACCCGCCACGUGCGGAGCUGGUGGUGCAACAACAGUCGGAGCAACGGGAGCAACUUCAGGCGGCGCGAGAGGAGCGCCCACAGGCGGCGCAGGAGGCGCAACCACAGGAGGCGCAACCACAGGAGGCGCGGGAGGUACAGCCAGGCAGUGCAGGAGCAGAUCCCGCCUGCACAGGCGGAGGAGGCGCCAGCGUCGGAGGCGGUGCAGACGGGGGAGCCGAAGAGGCGGGAAGCGCCGACUGGCCCUGGACGUCAGUGGUGGCGGACCCCUCCGACUGGGCUGCCACGCCGCCAGCAACAAUCGCCCGCUCGGCAGCCGCAGACGGAGCGGCGCGGUCGGCAACUUGA